UUGUUUUUCAGGGUUCUUUGCAAGGAUAUUAGACGCGGAGUUGCACGAAACCAGCCGGUGCAGUUGCCGCAGUUCUGUUUUCAACUGCAAGAUGUUUCCCUUGGCCAAAAACGCACUAAAUCGUCUCCAAGUUCGAAACAUUCAGCAAAUGAUGGCAAGACAGAGCCACCAGAAACGGACACCUGAUUUCCAUGACAAAUAUGGUAAUGCAGUAUUAGCUAGCGGAACUGCUUUUUGUGUUGCUGUGUGGGCAUAUACAGCAACACAAAUUGGAGUAGAAUGGAACCUGUCCCCUGUUGGCAGAGUCACCCCAAAGGAAUGGAGAGAUCAGUAAUCAUCCCUGCUGUGUGAUUCUGAAUUGUUUCAAAAUCAACUUAGAAUUGAUGCCAAGUAAAAAUACUGUAUCCAUUAAAAUAUGGCAUUACUGAGAAAAUAAAGUACAUUUGAAACUUUCA